AUGCCUGACUUCUCCCGCUCCCCCACUCGCCCGCGCGCGCCCAGAUGUUUCUCCCUUCGCACGGCCACCGCCGUCCUCCUCUUCCGCGCCGCCGGGGAGCAUCGUCGCGCCGCGGCGUCGACGGCCUUACUACCUCGCCCCGCCGAGCAGGAUGCCUCUUCUUCCUCCUCCUCGCCUUCGUCGUCCUCGCCGCCGCACUGCUCCACCCCCGACGGCUCGCCCGCGCGGCAGGAGCUGGCGGUGCGGUCGUGGCUGGCGCUCCCGUGGGACGUCACCGUCGUGCUCCUCGGCUCCCACCCGUCGACGCUCGCGCUCGCCGGGCGGCUCGGACGCCGGGUCACCGUCGAGGCCGCCGUCGAUUCCUCGUUCACGGGGACGCCAUUCUUCCACUCCAUGAUCGCAAGGGCGCAAGCCGCCGCCGACUCCGACAUCUGCGUCCUCGUCGACGCCGAAGUCGUUCUGCUCCCCGAAGCCGUCACAUUACUGACAGAUCUCAGCAGAAUUGACCGUGAUUGGCUCCUCGUUUCAAUGUCACGCAACGUUUCCAGCUUCCCCUACAAUCUCGCCCACAGUGCGAUGCUAGAGGAGAUUCAGGCUGGCAAAUGGGCAGCAGAUGGCAGCGACAGGGGGCUCGUUCUCGCGUGGAACAAUCCGGGCCGUCCAUUGCUAGCAGGAGUUGUGCCUUCCUUUCUGUAUGGAAGAGGGGCGCACAGCUGGUGGCUGGCCCAUGAGGUUCUGUCAUCUGAAACGAGACUCGUCUUCGAUGCAAGCAGUCUAGUUCUUGGGCUAUACCCCGAAGAUUUCACCGCAAAGCGCGGCGCUGGUUUGAGUAGCAGCGGUAGAUUACCUGAUGGAUCAUGGGAGAGCGGUGUCAAUCGCCAUCUCGCUUCGGUUUAUGGGUCGUAUUGCCAUCGUCCGCCAGGAGGACAUCAUCAUUCUUUUUCCAUGCUGUAUGAAGUGGUAAAGCAUUCGGAAGAUUACAUGUUGAGCAAAGUUGAGGAGCCUAGCUUCUCAAAUUUUGUCAUAGGUAGAGAACAGAAUACCCAUGAAGGGUUUGGUAAGCCAUGGAACAAAGAGAACAGCUGCUUGUCUGACCAUCUGCCAAGCUAUUCUUCAGAAAACCCGGAGGCAGCUGAUGCUCCAUAUUCUCUAGAAAUGCUCCUUCAGUUUGUAACAGAUGAGAAUCGGUCUGUUGUUCUUGGUGUAGCUGGGGCAAGUUACAGGGACAUGCUCAUGAGCUGGGUGUGCCGCUUGCGCCAUCUCAGAGUCACCAAUUUUGUAGUCUGUGCUCUAGAUCAAGAGACAUACGAAUUCGCCGUCUUGCAGGGUUUGCCAGUUUUCAGAGAUCCAACGUCGCCAAAGAACGUCAGUUUUGAUGACUGCCACUUUGGAACCCAGUGUUUUAAGCGAGUGACGAAGGUUAAAUCGCGCAUUGUUCUGGAGAUUAUAAGGCUGGGGUACAAUGUGCUGCUGAGUGAUGUUGAUGUCUAUUGGUUUCGAAAUCCAGUGAAGUUCCUGUAUUCUCUUGGACCAGCAACAUUUGCAGCACAAUCAGAUGAAUUCAAUGAGACAGGGCCAAUAAACAUGCCACGCCGCCUAAAUUCGGGUUUCUACUACGCCCGAUCAGACAGCGCCACCAUCACCACAAUGGAUAUGGUAGUGAAGCACGCGGCCAAAUCAAACUCAUCAGAGCAGCCAAGCUUCUAUGACGUCUUGUGUGGGAAGGGGGGUGUGAACCGCCUCGGCGAUGACAGAUGCUUAGAGCCUAGCACGAACCUCACUGUCGUGUUCCUGGACCGGGACAAGUUUCCCAAUGGAGCUUACAAGGGACUUUGGGAGAGGCACGAUCUGCGCUUGGCUUGCAGGAACCUUGGGUGCUUCAUCAUCCACAAUAACUGGGUAAACGGGAGGAAGAAGAAACUCUGGCGACAGACAGCGUCCGGACUGUGGGACUAUGAUCCUAGCUCCAGGAUGUGCUUGCAGAGCUGGGGUGAAGCAAGUAGUAGCUUCACAGCGGCCGAGCAGUUUCAUGCGUCUGAGGACACAGAAAGUUAG